CACGUUAAUCUACGUAAUUCAAACGUUUGCCUGGUUUGUUACUCUGUAAAUUACUCCCAAAGCCCGAUGGAGUCGCUGCUGCAAUCAGCUGUGCCACAUAUCACACUAUGACAAACAAGCUAUGAAAGGACGAAAACAAAACUAAAUAAUGGAAGGCACGCUGCACAAAUGGACAAAUUAUAUAAGCGGCUGGCAGCCUCGCUGGUUUGUACUCGAUGGAGGAAUUUUGUCAUACUAUGACUCCCAAGAAGAUGCCUGGAAGGGUUGCAAGGGAAGCAUUAAAAUAUCAGUUUGCGAAAUCCAAGUCCAUACUUCUGACUCUACACGAGUUGACCUGACCAUUCCGGGAGAGCAAUACUUUUACCUCAAAGCCAUCAAUGCAGCAGAGAGGCAGAAAUGGCUGGUGGCCAUGGGAACAGCCAAAGCCUGCCUCACAGACAACCGAACCAAGAGAGAAAAAGAGCUCCAGGAGAACACAGAGGCAUUAAAAACCAAGAUGUCAGAGCUUAGAUUAUACUGUGACCUUCUUCUCCAGCAAGUUAACAAGAUCAAGGAGAGUGAUGAGCUGGGCCAAACAGUGGAGACUGGAUUAGACACUGGAAAAAUGGUGAAAUCAACAUGCACUACUUUCCUAAAGACUCUGGAAGAAUGCAUGCAGAUAGCAAAUCGUACUUUUAGCACAGAUGUGACUGCACACAGUCCACCUGGAACUCCUCCAUUAGCUGCCAUCAAACAAAACAAGUCCAUCAAGCUUGCCAACCAUUUAAAUCUGAACCUUGGAGAAAAGAGAAAAGAUGCAUCACCUGAAAGAUCAGGACAAAUGAGUGACAGCCAGAGUUUACAGUCUGGAGCAGAGGAACCAGAGAAACCUGAAGUCCAUCCUUUCCCAUCAAACUUUGGGUCAUCCAUCAGUUUAGUUGGUAAAGAGCCAGUGAAUCCUGCUCCAGGCUCUAAUCAGCCUUCCCCUGAGCUGGAACACUUGGAGCAACCAGCAGAGGGAGAUGAGAAGUACGACACUCCUGAAGAGAAGGAGACAAAACAAGAACAAAACAACAAAGUGGACCAAAGUCAAGAACUUCCUAAUAACUCUGAAAUAAACGGCGUCCGUCUCCAACGAGAGACGGCUUCAGUCCAAGAAGAGAACGGAGAAGAUGAAACACAAAAAGUAGAAGACACAGAACAGGUGGAAACUUUUUUCAGCACAAUGAGUCACAGAUUUAAUGAUAUAAGACUGGAUGACGACAAUGGUAUCCCUACACAAGAGUUUUUGGACUCAUGCUAUGCAAUAGUACCUGUAUUAGACAAACUGGGUUCCACAGUUUUUGCACCUGUUAAAAUGGAUUUUGUUGGAAACAUCAAGAAAAUCCAUCAGAAGUUGAUGUCGGACCCUGAAUGCUUCCCGACACUGCAGUCCAUCGUGCAGCAUGAAGUCCGGACGGAAGUCGCCCAAGUCCGCAAUUCUGCGACCGAGGCUCUUCUGUGGCUCAGACGAGGCCUGAAGUUUCUCAAAGAGUUUUUGUCUGAGGUCAACGCUGGGGAGCGAGAUAUCCAAGGAGCACUAAAUAACGCCUAUGGGAAGACCCUUAGGAUAUACCAUGGCUGGGUUGUGCGUGGAGUGUUUGCUUUAGCACUGCGAGCGGCGCCGUGUUAUGAAAGCUUCACCGCUGCCUUAGUGACAAGAGAGGGCGAUGAGCUCCAUAGUGAAUUCACCAACAGCAUGCACAGGGACCUGGGAAUGUAUCUGCCCGCCAUGGAGAAGCAGCUGGCCAUCCUGGACGAGCUUUAUGAAGAAUACAACCUGGAAUCUGACGAGGUGGUAUGAAACUCUACCGAGGCGCGGUCGAGGGCUCAAAUCCGCACAGCAGCAUUUGCUGGACAGGAAGGUGCCAGUAUAACAUGCAUCAUUCAUGCUUAAGAGUGUCAGCAUGUGCACCUGGCAUUUUUAGACUCCAUGUAAAGAGUUCAUGCCUGUUUAGGGACCUUCAGGCAGACAAAAGUUAAAACUGCACAGGAGACAAUGAGAUGAAGAAAUGCAAAUUUAAAGUCUUUUCCACAAAGAUCGGUUUUGGCUGAAAUGAUUUACUAAUGGCAUUUGUUUUGGAAUCACAUUUUAUGGUAUCGUGGUACCAAUUUCUUUCUUUCUUGUAUGUGUUUGAAGGUACAUAAAUAGCUUAAUAUUCAGUUGAAGUAACUUUCCUUGGAAUGUUCUUUUUUGUAACUAGAAUGCAUUGAGAAUAGAAACAGGGUUGUCCUUGGAAACUAGCACAAAGCACUCUAUGAAAAUUCCAGGAUGGGAUGUUAAAAGCCAUCCUAUAGUAUUUGCUAGAUAGUAACUUAAAUCUUUAUUUUCUCUGGAAAAAUUUAAUGCAAUUGUGAUUUAAUCAUCAUUGUUUUUUCCCCCCCAAUUGUAAUCUAAUUAUGCAAUAAGUGAAUUGACUCAUAUUUCGAAAGUUACUGUUUUUGAGCACUUCCUUUUAAUAAAGAGGUUUUCUGUGAUUCUUUACAACAUUUUCUGGCUACACAACUACAUUACAGCCAUGCUAAGAGUUGUGACUACUGCUGUUAUAGAUGCACAAGCUUAUGCACAAAAUUCAUUUUCACUGUUGUAUUUAUUUAUUUUCUUGUCAGAAAUUUGAUUUUAUUGGCAUGCAAGUCUUUUCACUACAACCUUGUUAUGACGAGGACGGAUAUUUGGGUCCGUAGAGCAUUUUGAUGCAUUCAAUGACAAAUACCAGCAGACAGGCGGUAGAAAACAAGGAGAUUUUCAAGUAAAUGAACAAUCUGGGAGGUGAUGGAUUGUGUUACUGUUGUGUGUACUGAGAAUGGUCAGUAGCUUUUCGUUUAGUUCUACACUCAACAUGUCGUCUUUUUUCACAACUGUGCAAAGUUCCAAAUGUAGAUUGGCGAUUUUAAUCCAUGUAAUAUUUUAUUAUAAUAACUGAAUAAGCGUCCACCUCAACCCCCAGAUAAAUGUUUGACAUCUGGUGUGUUUCUUUUGUUAGAACAAACUUCAGGAAAAUCCUUACAGUGCUUUACAUAGAGUUACCCUGAUGCAAAGCAUUUACCAUACUUUUUUUUUAAAGGCUUGUGUACAACAAAAACUCUUGUAUAGUUUAUAUGUUUUUGUUGUUGUAUGUUUACAUGAUGGGUGUGCAUAGACUAAUUUUCAUUUGAAAAUGAGUUUUUGUCAAUCCUGUUGUUGUAUUAUUGUAACAAAUGAAUGAUGUCUUUUUUGUAUGGUUGUAAAUAAGAUGCCCUCUGAUUUUUACCCAAUAAAUCAAAUAAUGAUGUAAGUUUA